UUCCCAGCUUUCUUUUCAGUUCCCUGCGUGUUGCUUGCGCCGUCAUGGGCUUGGAAACGGUGUGAAAACGCGGCUUGAAGCUCGCAGAACGUGGUUGUUUUUGCAGAAAAUGGCGUCACCGUUUCUCUUGUGUCUGCCUGAGCGUGGCAGCGGGAACGGGGUCCGUUUCGACGAACUAAACUAAUCUUUUCUGUCGGUUUUUAUCCGGCUGCGCAUACCUAAUUAGAUUGGGCUAAAUGCUGCUAUCAGACCCGGGCUGCUUGUGAAUGUCUUUACUGGACCGGGUAGUGGAGAGGAAGACGCGCAAAGCCGGAAGGGUCACCGGUCCUGUGCGCCAAGCUGCUGCUUGGAAAAGGCGAGCGCCGAGGUGCAAGGCGCAGCGGUGUUUCAUGCCUCCGCGCGCGUUGUCGGCUCAGGUGCGAUUAAACCGGAGAUCUCCAGCCGCUCCGGUGUCGUCCCUCGGUGCUGUUUACUGGGUAACAGGAUCUCUGUCUGCACCGCACAGCGCUCUUUUAUCGCGGCUCAGCCCGCUUUUACGCCACACUCUCGGCCAUGCUGUAGUGUGUAAACAGGCCCUGUGAAAUGCAGUUUUUUGCACUUAGCUGUUGCUUUUCAUCAACUGCAUCUGGUCUUCUGUGAUCCAAAUCAGAGUGUGUGGGGGCGAGGAUACCGCCGUGUAAGAGGUUUUUGGACAGAAUAAUGAGGAGGGGCUGAUGCAAAUCGUGCCACUCCAUAAAUGCUGUGCUGUUCUGUUCUGCAGUUUGGAGUGUGAGUGAAGUUAGCGCCCCAGCGAGCAGUGUGUGGAAGGGCUGAGGGUGAGAGGGGGGUCGGGCGGCUGCGCAACCACGGCGCCGCUGUGCGCGGAACCACAGCUCGGUACUUUUACCCUUCAGAGGAACUUCAGCAGAGGAACUGCAGCAGCGCUACAUCGAUUUAAAAAUAAAUCAACAAGUAAUUCAGCCUUGUGGACGAGCUGUUGGUGUGUUUGGCCACUGGACCCGCCUCAACAAGUCAGCUAGUUGUGUGUGUGUGUGUGUGUGCGCGCGCAUGUGUGCGUCCUCGGAGGACGUGACGAGGAAACGGGAGAAAGCAAUGCGCACCGCGUCGCUGAUGAUUACACCCCGACCCCGUGCAUUCACACACAGGACUGUCAUCUCAGCAGGGAAGGAAAACACACGUAGGUUCAGCUCAGCAAAGGAAGAACAUGGAGGAUCUCACAGCUGAGAUCCCAAGCAACGAAAAGUCAUGCCAGACAGAUGAUCUGGAGGAAAAAUCCACAGUGCUCAGGCCAGAGCAUCUCAACCUAAUGCCAGCAUACUCUAUAGAGCCAGGAGACCCUCCAUUGUUGCAGAGACAGCUGCAGACAUCCAGGUCUGGCAUUCAGCAGAUCAUUGAAUGUUUUCGCACAGGUACUACACAAUUGAAACACAUAUUACUCAAAGAGGUGGACACAAUAUUUGAGUGCAAGCUCUGUCGGAGCCUUUUCCGUGGACUUCCUAACCUAAUCACACACAAGAAGUUCUACUGCUUUCCGAGGAAGCCAGAAUCAGAAGCGCUCUCAGGAAACUGCAGGCAGAGUAUAGGCAUUAAAGAGCUCCUGGAGGUUACUUAUCCCCGGCCCAAACAGGCGGAGCAUGUGGUGCGACUGGAGCCCAUACCAGGCAACCAGAACGCUGUGUUUCAACAUCUGACUACACAGAGUAAAGCAGACAUUCACUCUCUCUCCCAAAGCUCCAACCACAGUCUGGGAGACUGGAAACACAGCCAACCAGAGGGCGAAGGGGAAGACCUGGGGGAACAUAAUACAGGUGAAGAAAGCGAGAACGAGGAAGCGAAUGAAGGAGAUGGUGAAGCACACACAGACAAAGAUGCUCAAGGAGAUGAAGAUGAGGAGGUACCAGAGGAUGCAGGUGAGGAGGAGGAGGUGAUUGAUGGUGGCAUGGAUGAUGUGAAUAUCACAUGCUGCCUGUGCAGCAAAAACUUCAGUUCAUGGCGCAGCGUACGCCGCCACUGCCGUGAAGUGCACAAGCAAAGACUAGAGGAGCUGCACAACUCUACGGAGACUCACACAGUGCCCACCAGCCUGCUGUCUGUGGUGAAGGAGCGCCAAGAACACUCACCAGGGCCCAGUGGAAAAUGCUGCCCAGUCUGUUUCAAAACCUUUGCCACCAAAGCGAACGUCCGGCGCCACUUUGAUGAGGUGCACCGUGGCCUCCGGCGUGACCUGAUUACACUUGAUAUCUCCACGAAGUCAAGUGAUCUGGAAGUCGUGCCUGCUGGGCCCUGUGGCCCUUGCUCUCCUAACCCUAAGAUGGUUUCUCCCCUACCCCAGUACAACCUGGCCACCGGCAAGUGCCUCCUGUGCAAGAGGAGCUACAGCACACAGGCACGGCUCAAGAGGCACAUGCGUUUUGUUCACAAGAUCCUCGCUGGCAAAAGUGCUGUGUCCAGCUCUUCAACUGGCAAAAAAAAUCAAUCUGAGGAGGGCACUGACACCACGCACGCCCUCAAGAGGCCCCGGGAGGAGGACAAAGGUGAGAAAUCUCCAGUGACACGUAAGCCCAAGCUCACUGUGGGCUUUGACUUUAAACAACUCUUCUGCAAGCUGUGUAAGCGGCAGUUCAGCUCACGCCAGAAUCUUGCCAAACACAUCGAGCUGCACACAGAUAACGGCGGUGACAUUUUUAUUAAGUUCUACCGCUGCCCCCUGUGCCGCUAUGAGUCCCGCCGCAAGCGUGAUGUGCUGCGUCAUGUUGCUGUCGUGCACAAGAAAAACUCUGCCUACCUGGCCAAGAUCCUGCCGGGCCUGGAGAGUCGUGCUAUAAGGAAGCCUGCUGAAACCGUGCUUGGCACUUCAGUAAAACGUGGCCAUCCAAAAAUCCCAGAUGGCCAUCACAAAGGAGACACCACAUCAUCACACAGCCUGCAGAAGGUCAGCCCUCCGUCUUCCGUGCCCCCUGUAAUCCGAAAACAGGAUGUUCCACCCCCAUCACCACCAGUCACACGCAGGCAAAGUCUUUCUCUUCAUACUUCGUCUGUCACGUGCAACCAGACCUCAAACGGAAUGUCCAAUGGUGAAGAGGCACAGGACAGCACAGAAGUGCGUGUCGCCAAAAACGUCUCGCUACACACAUGCGACGUGUGUGGCCAUGCCUUUAACAAGAAGGUCUACCUGGAGUCGCAUAAGAGGAGCCACCACAACGCAGCCAAGACUGAUGGCAGAACAGUGGGCAUGAGCACACGCUCAAAGUCCCUUCUUUGGUGAGUGGCAAGGUUCUGCUGUACAGAGGGAUGUUGUGAUUAUACUCUUAGCUGAGGCAGCCUCUCGCAUGCUAAUUGAUCAAGGUAUAAAGAUCCAAAUGGGAGUCUUGUUAAGCGUGGACCAAACUGAAGCUCUGACAGGAACCUAACAGGUGUGUAAAUGUGUUCCCAGGGCCAGUCCAUCUCUGCUAUGCCUCUUGUAGUCAAACUUUAAUAAGGGAACUGAGCCAGGCCUUCUACCCAGCAGAAAAAACGAUUCUCUCUGUAAAGCCCCAGAAACGAGGGCGUGCCAUUUUAUAUCCUAAAGCUUUAAAUGUCUUGUGGUGUUUGACACUGUCGGACCAAGCAGGAGGCAAUAGAGGGGUUUUCUUUCAAAAGCAAUUAAGUUAGCUCAUCCGUGUC